CAAGUAUCUCCGUUAACAUUUUAUCAGAUAGCUUAUCAAUCCAGAGCUUCAACAAGUACCCAAUGGCGUAAACAUACCUAAACUGUGUAGUAUAAAUAAACCUGAAAUAGUGCUUACAAUGGAUAUAAACACUUUGACUGCUGAAAUGAGCUUAGAGGAAUCCCCCAGGCCACCCAAAUCUGCAAAACGAGAAGGUUAUUUAAAAUGGGAAGACUAUUUUAUGGGAACUGCUUUAUUGGCAGCAAAACGCAGCAAGGAUCCUAACUGUCAGGUCGGAGCGUGUAUUGUGAACCGUGAAAACAGAAUUGUUGGCAUUGGAUAUAAUGGAAUGCCAAAUGGAUGCUCCGACGAUACAUUUCCAUGGGAUAAAAAUAACAAACAGUUUUAUGUUUGCCAUGCAGAAAUGAAUGCUAUCCUGAACAGGAACAUUAUAGAUUUGAAGGGUUGCACUCUAUAUGUUUCCCGGUUUCCAUGCAACGAAUGUGCUAAGAUGAUCAUUCAGUCUGGUAUCACGAAAGUUUAUUAUAUUUAUGAUAAAAGCCCGAACAAGGAUGUGUACAUUGCUUCUAAGAAAAUGCUCGAAGAGGCUUAUGUUCAGUUCGAGGUAUUUAAAAGCGAACAUAAAACCAUCGUGAUCGACCUGACGCCGCCGCUAAAUACCAACGUUUCUUGAUUUUUAUA